CUCUGGGUCGCUGCGUCAGGAGCUCCGGGGCGGUGCUGGUGGCGGCAGCAGCAGCGGGAGCGGCUAUCUCGGUGACGAGAGAGAGGCAGUAGCAGCAGCAGCAGCGUUCGUCAUCGGCAGCAAUAGCAGCAUCAGCAGCAGCAGCAGCAUCAUCAGCAGCGGCAGGGCUUUCUGCACAAGUGCGCGACCUCCCCCCGGCCCGAGUGUGCCCCACACAAUGUCCAAGUUCGACCAAGUGCUGCUUCUGGAGCCGCCCAACGAGCUCAAGUUUAAAGGUCCAUUCACGGAUGUCGUCACCACGAACCUAAAGCUGACAAAUCCAUCCGAAAAACGGGUCGUGUUCAAGGUGAAGACCACGGCGCCGCGCCGGUACUGCGUGCGGCCCAACAGCGGCAUCUUGGAGGCCGGCUCGUCCAUCAACGUCUCUGUUAUGCUGCAGCCCUUCGACUACGACCCCAACGAGAAGAGCAAACACAAAUUCAUGGUGCAGACGAUGUUUGCGCCCCAAGACACGUCGGACAUGGAGGCCGUGUGGAAAGAUGCUAAACCCGAUGACUUGAUGGACUCCAAACUGAGGUGUGUGUUCGAGCUGCCCCCCGACCAGGAAAAGCAGAACGACUUGGAAACGAGCAAAGUAGCGAACAUCACGGCCGCGGUGAACAAGACGGAGGUAGGCGCGGCGAAGCCACUGAGUGCGGCGCUGGACGACUCGGAGGUCAAGAAGGUCAUGGACGAUUACAAGAAGCUGCAGUCGGACGUUCAGAAACUGCGCGAGGAGAACCGGAGGCUCGUGGACGAAGACGGCGUCCGACUGCGCCACGGGGCCCAAGUGGACAGCAGCGGCAUGAGUGCGAUGCCCAAGCAGCUCUCGAUGAAGGAGGGCACCGCCAGCGCCUUCCCCUCUCUGGCUGUCGUCAUCGCCGCCAUCUUCCUGGGCUUUUUCUUGGGUAAAUUUAUCCUGUAGGGGAAGGAGGGUGGAAUCAUACAACUACCAUCCCCCCCCCUCUCACUCCUCCCUCUCCCACCCCACCCACCACUUCCCCAUCCCACACCUGAAUGCUGCAGUCUGAUGAUGAUGAUAAUAAUAACUCCCCAUUACUCAACUAUAAUUGCGCAUCAUAUCCAGUUCUUGCCUUUUAAAUAGAUCUGACGUGUCACACGUUACGGACCCCAGGAUUUGCGGGAGUUUUUUUUACGUGCACGGGUGAGCGGAUGGGACGGGGGGAGCGAGCGAGCAUUUUGUGAGGCGGCCUCUGGUUGAUGUCGUGGGCAGCAGCAGAAGAAGAUAAAUCUUGUCGUUUAAAAAAACUAAAAAACACCACCCUAUAAACGUACGAAGGGAAAACCCCCUUCUUGACGGAACUGGCGGGCUGGGUCUGGCGGAUGCGAACCACCGAGGCGUUGGGCUGGGUGCUGUAACGCUAAAACGCCGAGGUGCCAUCGGUGUACGACGCAGGCAGCCGGGGCUGUAGAAUGCUUAACCCCCCCCCCCUCCGCCCCUUGCAUUUUAAAGCCUCUACAUUUCAGUUGGGUGUGGACGGUGUUUGCUAUAGCCGACGUUCAGAAACAUUGAAAGAUUAUCUCGUGCAUAUAGUGGAGAGAGGCGCUGUGCAAAAAAGAAAAUGGUUAACCCCCACCCCGCCCCUACCCCCCUUCCCUCCCUCCCUCCCAACCCACCCCGCGGUCCUCCAUAAAGAUCCGCGUUAUGUAAAAUGUAUUUAAUUAUACGGUGGACAGUGGGUGCACGCGCACACACACACACACACAUGCAAAACUGUGGCUGACAAAGGCGUCUUUUAAUCCAUCCUGGUGAAUAAUUGUCAAGGAGGAAAGCAAGAUCGACAACAACAACAACGACGACAAGGCGUGCGUAGGAAUCGAUUAGCAAAGUAAAGUCCGAACGAAUCUCCAGAGGCGACGAAAAAUCAUCGCAAAAAAAAAUGAUCACAGGCGAUAAAUCCAUUUCCAGGACGGAUCUUGAAUGUUUAAAAAAAGAGAGAAAGAAAGAAAGUAGUGAAAUUUGUGCUGAUGUGCUAUCGACCUUUUCUGACCACAGUGCUGUAUUUCCAUUGUGCCACUGCUUUAGUGGUUAUAGCAGAUUAGUGAUACGAAAAUAACACACAAUAUUUGCCUGUUCUUCUGACAGUCUUUUUUCCUGUGGUGAUUUUACACUUCUGUCAUGUAGUUUGAAUGUCUUACCCAUAAAAAAACCCCAUCUCUGACUGUAACUUGCUUGUAGUAAUCAAAAACGGCUUGAAAUUUCACCAUGGUGAGCACAUUGGUCCUUGCUAAAUUAUACAUAUGGGGAAAAAAUAAACCUUAAGUUUUGCUUUUUAGUUCGAGCCUUACACAGCUAAACUUUACUAAGGGCAGUUUAAGAACAUAAGAUGAGCUUUUACUGCGGUUUCAGUUUUAGUGCAGCAUGUUUGUAUCAAGAUAUUUUGUCCAAGAGUUGGUGUUUUCUUUACGUGUUAAUUCAUCUUGUGGUUUGAUGACUCAAGAGGAAUAAACAGUACUGUAUGUUCA